CUCGGGGCUGCUUAUGGAACAGCACCUGAGCCGGUGGAGAUCCCUUGCAAGGGCAUUCCCAACAUCUCGGGCAAACAGGUGCGAUUUUGCCUCAAAAACCAAAAUAAGAUGCCCACGGUCGCAGAGGGCGCCCAUCAUGGUAUUCAAGAGUGCCAGCACCAGUUCAGAGGGAGAAGGUGGAACUGUACGACGAUUGACGGCGACCAGUCUGUAUUUGGCCGCGUUUUGGACAGGGCAUCUAGGGAGACAGCCUUCGUCAACGCCAUCCUUGCCGCCGGCGUGACUCACUCGGUCACGCGGGCAUGUUCACGAGGGGACUUCUUGGAAUGCGGUUGUGACCGCACCCACCGCGGUCCACCGGGCGGUAGAAACGGUAUCGUCCCGAACGCUACCUGGAGAUGGGGCGGUUGCAGCGAGGAAGUGUGGUACUCCAUGGAACUUACCAAGGAUUUCUUGAAACCAACCUCAACCAAGAGAGCGAGGACAAAGAUGGAUCGACAUAAUACAGAUGCUGGACGAAACGCUGUCCUUCAUAACAUGGAAUUGCGAUGCAAAUGCCACGGUGUCUCUGGGAGCUGUGAGCUUAAGACAUGCUGGUGGGAGAUGGCGCCCUUCAGGAAACUCGGGGACGCCCUCAAGACAAAGUACGACAUGGCUGCAGAGAUGUCCGUCGAACGACAGCGGAAAGGACGAACCUUCGUCGAAGAGCUGGAGCCUCGCUACGACGACUUUAAGGAACCUACGUCCAAUGACCUCAUCUACUACGACCAGUCUCCCGACUACUGCAAUUUCGACCCCGAGGUAGGAUCAUUUGGAACGCAAGGAAGGGAGUGUAACCGGACCUCUCACGGCAUUGACGGUUGCGAACUGCUCUGCUGCGGCCGUGGUCACAAUACGAUGACAGUGGUUAGGAGAGAACGGUGUGACUGCGUCUUCGUCUGGUGUUGCAAAGUGGUCUGCAAAGAGUGUGUUCGGGUUAUCGACGUCCACACUUGUAAAUAGCAAGAAAAAUAAACAAACAGACAAGGACACGUGAUAUAAACUUUGUUAGGAUAAAGACAGUGACGAUCCAGAAGUAAGAAUUUAAUUUCGAUAGUUUGGAGAUUAAAGCGGACUUUUAUUGAUCAUCCACCGAACCGUAAUUCGAGCGUUCAAACGCUCGCGGUAUUCGAACUAUCCCGCCAAUUUAUGAUUAUAUUUCAAGGCAUAUCGCAAAUUUGUCAUAAUGUGAAGCCUCUAUUGUUAGAGUUCUUCUGUAUAUGAUGAAUUGAUUAAGGAAACUUGAAUAUCUUAAUAAAAAUCAUGUUGUGCCAUAGUCACAUUUUUUUAUUAUUAUUAAUUUCAUCUUUAGCUCAAAAUAUAGCACUCAUUGUAAAGGAUUUAUUGCCUAUACAACGAAUAGGAAACAGGGACCAUACAUUAUAAUCUCUAUUUUCUUUUCAUUUGUUUUCAUCACAAUUGUACGCGGUGUUGGAACGGACUGGGCCCGGGGGGGGGCACUCGACCAAAAAAAGUGGUAGGGGUGUGCCGCGGGCGAGACAAAAAACGGGGGCCUUGGAGCGGGCUAAAUGUAAAAAGGAGGGUCCUCGGAACGGGCUUCGGAACUACAAAUGUUUGUGAAAACGGGGGUCCUUGGAACGGGUCGCCUGUGUGCGAGUGCGUAUGCAUCCCUAUGGAACGUACAUGCGGCUAGCCCGGCGGCACGACUAACGUGCGCGCUAGCGCAGAGACGAUGGUCGGACAGCGAGCUGCGGCCGGUUUUCACCAAAAUUGCUACCGGAACGGCGUAACGGAAAAUAUGCGAAGCCCUGGAGCGGAUUUUUUUCUUCUUUUUUUCUCGAGAAGAAGAAAAUGCUAUGCUCUGGAGCGGCUUUCUUUGUUCUUUUUCUCAAUAAGACAAAAAUGCUAUGCCUCGGAACGGAAAUUUGAGUGUAAAAAUGGGGGUCCCCUCCGCGGCACAUACCCACUAUGCAUUAUAUGUUGAGUGCCCCCCCCGGGGGACUGGGCAACGGAAAAGGAACCACGGAAAUAAAUUAUUUCCGUGAUGGGAACUCUGCAUAUUGAUGCUUGUUGCCGCAAGAUGGCGCUACUGGACAUUUGUAAAUAAGUGGCUUGAUUUACUGCUAUGACGAUAUUAUACUGAAGAAGACUGUAUCAAUCAAUCUACGCAAUUUUAGACUAGUGUCAUCAUCUCUCUAAAAAAAGGAGGGGGCGCUUGUUUGACAAAAACUACCAACAUUUUCUGAAAAGGGACAUCUGAAAUCCACCACCUCGUUCAAUACAUAGCUAUAUUGUUCAGUCGAUUCCAUGAUAACCAAGUACACACUGAAAAACGCUGUUCAAAAAUUUAAGCACGUUGUUUAAGCCCGUCACUCUAACAACUAUUGUUUAAAUUCUUUAAACAACUGUUUAAACUUUUUAAACAAGUUGUUUAAAAGUUUAAACAAUUACAAAAAGUUAAAGCAACUUGUUAUUAGAGUGACAAGCUUAAACAAUGUGCUACUUUUUUCUUUGCAUGUAUGCCUACGUGAAAACAAAUUGCAUAAUUCAUUGUAAUUACAUACAAGAGGUAAAACAUUAUUCUUAAUUUGUAAUUGAUCAAACGACCGCUUCACUUUUCUAUCAUUUCGUUGAUAAGGUCAAUCAACGUAUUCAUUGGCAAAAUUCGUUUGCCACUUUUCUUAAACUUAUUUUUCAAUAGUAUUUAUUUAUAUUUUGUGAAAAGGAUAAAACUUGUAUCAUUUACUUCAGUUUCUUCCUCUUUUUUUCUUUUUAUGUCAGUAUUAUUAUUAUCAUUUCAUGAAUGAAGCCUUUAUUGAAAAAUCAACGCUUUUUCAACAUUGCAGUCUUACUGAUAAACAGAGUUUUAUUCUAAAGAAAAAGGAGUGCCUCAUAGGGCGUUGUUAUUGUCACAUUUAGGGUGCCGAUUUUUUUUAAUGUAUAUCACUACAAUCAUUUUAUUGGAAUGAUGUUCUAUAUUUCUAUGCAAAUUCCAAUGCAUACAAAUUCUGCCUUAUUAUCUAGUAAUAUUGCUACGAUAUAUGACUUUCUCUA